AUGUCCACUACUCCUCAACUUAACCCAUGGCCAGGGAAAAUAAUGUGACUGAACUGAUCAUCACUGGCCUUUUCCAAGAUCCAAAUGUGCAGAAGGUGUGCUUUGUGCUGUUUCUUCCUGUGUACCUGGCCACAGUGUUGGGCAAUGGCCUCAUAGUUGCAAUGGUCACUGUCAGUAAGAGUCUGCAUUCUCCCAUGUACAUCUUCCUCAGCUCGCUGUCCAUGGUGGAGAUCUGCUACUCCUCCACUGUUGUCCCUAAGUUCAUCACUGAUUUACUUGCUAAGGUUAAAACUAUCUCCCUGAAGGGCUGUCUGGCUCAGAUAUUCUUCUUCCACUUCUUGGGUGUAGCUGAGAUAUUUUUGCUUGUGGUGAUGGCCUAUGACCGCUACGUGGCCAUAUGCAAACCUCUUCAUUACAUGAACAUCAUGAGUCGUCAAGUGUGUCACAUACUGGUGGCUGUUUCUUGGCUGGGGGGCUUUUUACAUUCUAUAAUUCAGGUUUUUAUCACUAUUCAGCUGCCCUUCUGUGGUCCCAAUGUGAUUGAUCACUACUUCUGUGACCUCCAGCCGUUAUUCAAGCUGGCAUGUACUGACACAUUUGUCCAGAGUGUCAUUGUAAUGGCCAAUAGUGGCUUAAUUGCUCUCUGUUCCUUCCUUGUCUUGGUGUCCUCCUAUGUCAUCAUCUUGGUCAACUUGAGGAACCAUUCUGCAGAAGGGAGACACAAGGCUCUCUCCACCUGUGCCUCUCACAUCACAGUGGUUGUUUUGUUCUUUGGACCCGCCAUCUUUCUCUACAUGCGACCUUCCUCUACUUUCACUGAAGACAAGCUUGUGGCUGUGUUCUACACGGUCAUCACCCCCAUGCUGAACCCCAUCAUCUACACACUCAGAAAUGCAGAGGUGAAAAAUGCUGUGAGGAAGUUGUGGGGAAAAAAGAAUACAGGUAUGAAGUGAAGGAGAGCUAAUGGAUGAAAAUGAUUUAAAAAAACCUCUAUUGUUGAAGUGGAUCUG